AUGUGGUGUAGUCUGGUGGUCAUCUGCCCUUUUAACCAUCAAAGUUUCUGCCACUAUGAUGAAGGGUCUGAAGCAACAGAAAGAGAGGAGGUGCUAAAUGGGAUUCUUGGGGAGUCAGUUACUCUCCCCGUAAAUAUUGAAGAUGGCCAGAAAAUUAAUAACAUUGCCUGGACUUCUAAAUCAUCUGUUGCUUUUGUAACACCAAAAGAGGGAGGACAUGAAGUUACCGUAACCCAGGACAUUUAUAAAGGACGACUAGAAGUCACAAAUCAGACCUAUAACCUGAUCAUUAGAAACCUGAGGAUGGAAGAUGCAGGAACUUACAAAGCAGACAUCAAUGAAGAGAACCGUGAGAAAACCAUCACCAAGAUCUACCACCUUCAAAUCUACUCUCGGCUUGCAAAACCAAAAAUUACAAAGCGUUCAAUACCAUCUUUGAACAAUACCUGUAAUGUCACACUGACGUGCUCUGUGGAGGAAGAAGAAAAGAAUGUGAUGUAUAGUUGGAGUCCCUCUGGAGAGGAAAGCAAUGUCCUUCAAAUCUUCCACUCCCCUAUGGACCAAAAACUGACUUACACAUGUACAGCCUCGAACCCUGUCAGCAACAAUUCUGACUCUGUCACUGUGCAACAGCCAUGUACAGACUCUCCAAGCUUCCAUCCUCACCAUGGUGUGUUGCCAAGGGGGCUGGCCGCGCUCUCUCUGCUUAUGCUCAUUCCAGUGGUGGCACUUCUGUUCCAUUUGUACAAGAGAAGGAGAGCAGAUGAUGUCUCAAAGAAAACAAUAUACUCUGCAGUUUCAAGAAAUGCCCAUCUCACAGAGUCCAGAAUCUAUGAUGAAAUCCCACAGUCCACGAUGCUGUCCCGUACGGAAGAGCCCGUGACCACCAUUUAUUCCUCAGUGCAGCUUUAUGAGAAGACGGGGAAAACCAACAUGAAGGACGAGAGACCACCCAAGACUUUGUGUAAUGAAAUUGUUGUCUAGGGUCUGUGGAACCAUCUGAGGAUAGGCCAGAAGGAACA